ACCGGAGCCGGAUGUGAGGUUUGAAAUACAGCUCCAGGACCGCGUUGGAUGUCUGGUUGAUACAGAGAUGAGCGGUGAGAACGUGAAGUUGUUUGUGGGGAACCUUCCUUUAGAUGCAACUCACGACGAGCUAAACAAGCUCUUUGGUCCUUAUGGAGAGAUCAACACCUGCUCUUUGCUCAGACAGUAUGCCUUCGUUACCUUGAAGGGAGAGGGGGCAGCAGACAGGGCCAUACGACAUCUUGAUGGCAAAGAGUACAGAGGCAGGCCCCUGGUGGUCGAGGAGUCACGUGCACGCCCACCCAACUCCACUAAAGUGUUUGUGGGGAACCUUGCCGCAACAUGUUCAGCAGAUGACCUGCAUGGGUUAUUCUCAACCUUUGGAAGAGUUUUAGACUGUGAUAAAGUCAAAGCCAGAUUAUGCUCAAAUGUUGGCUACGCAUUCGUGCAUAUGGAGAGGAAGGAGGAGGCCUUGGUAGCUAUUGAGGCACUCAAUGGGACAAUGUUCAAGGGCCGUCAGUUGGCUGUAGAGCUGUCCAAAGCCCAACCUUUGAUCAACCAGAUUGCAAUGGCCGGAAAUUCAAACGCUGGUGGUGUUGCAGGGGGCAGAGAGGGUCUUCUUCCACGACCACCACCAUCACUAGAGCACCAUCAGAGCCAAGCAGCUGUGCUAGCUGCAGCUGCAGCGGCUGCAGCUGGUCUACCCAUACAAGUCCAACAAAGUGUUCAUAACUCAUUCUACAACACGACAUCCUUUGACCCCACUUACGCCGCUUUGAAGGGCAUUACAAGUGCUAAAGGUGCAGAUGGGGUAAUAUACGGUGCACUUGCCAGCCAGGUGUAUGGAUCUGUUGCUGACCAGGUGUACCAAGACAUGGCCAAUCACAAUUCUGCGGCUGUCGCUGCUGUUGAAGAAGUAGAGCCACAGACUGCACCAGAUCCAACAACGCUUUUCGAGGCAGCAAGAGCCAAGUUCUUUCAGGAGGGACAGAAGGUUCUGGCAGAGCAGCAGGCAGGAAGAAAGGCAGCAGCUACAGACAGCGAGCGGGACCGCAGCCCAAUCAGAGGAAAUCGAGCCCCACUCCUCCCCGACCCUGUUCCAGGUUCCUUCGCUCAGAUUCGACCAAAGCGCCGUGCCCUGCUGCCGACACCACCUGGAGGACCUGAAGAGCCUCCAGCGGCCGCCACCACAACACCUGAAGGGUCAGACCCUGUCGCUAGGUCUUACACAGAGUACUACCAGCAAAUGCAUCAAUACCAACAGUAUCAACAAUACCAACAGCAGUACCAGUACCUCCAGUAUGCCUACACCAAUCCUCCUCCUCCGCCUCCACCCCCUCCAGCCACCACACAGACACCAGCCUCAACCACAGCCACGGCACCCCCAGGGACGUACUCGGCGCCCCCAACGUAUGCGGCUCCAGGAGCAUACCCGCCGCCGGGAACAUAUGAUACUUCGGGAAACUACAACGCCUCAUCAGUGAGCUACAACGCUUCAUCUGGGAGCUACGAUGCCUCGACUGGAAGCUAUGACACAUCUGCAGGCUACGGGCCACCGGGAGCAUAUGAUUCAUCAGGAGCUUACGCAGCAGCGGGAAGCUACUCCACAUCCACACCGUAUGAGCAGACACCCGCACACGGGCAACCCAUGCCCCAGCGCAAUGAUUACCCUUACCACACGCCAGAACCCCCUUAUCGAUAGUCCCACCCCCACACUCUCUUUCCACACUGCAGAUGUGUGUGUGUGUGUGUGUGUGUGUGUGUGUGUGUGUGUGUGUGUGUGUGUUUGUGUGUGUGCGUGCGCAUGUGUAUUUACAUAAGGGACAGUUUAAUGAGGAAAACCAGAGAGGGAGCAAGGUUGUAAUUCGAAUGUAAUUAAAAUCUGAAGCAUCUUCCCUUUUCUCCAUCUCGACCUGGUCGUUAGCCUGUCUGUCAGUCAGUGGCUUUGUGGGACAGCUAAUAUUGGAAUAUUGUCAAGAAGUCUCAGUUUUUAGUUUGAUGUUAUAGAGGCACAGCUGGUUCCUUGUUGAAUGUUAAAGAGCCCUGAGCGUUUCUUGGGACAAAGUUGAAGUCUAAGGCCUGUGUAGGAUCUGGUAAGAGAAGCUUUCUGUUUGCACUGAAUCAAGGUCUUUAUAUACUCUACAUAAAAAUAUGCAACAAGUAGAGGUUUCCCGGAAAAACUAUAGUCCAAAAGUUAUGCAUAGUCACAUGUUUCAAGUAGGGAACAGAAUGAAAAACACAGACAUUUUUUUGUAUGAGAGUAUGAAAACCGCUUUACUUCAUUAAAAAAAAUAUACUGGCAAAUAAAGAUCCAUCUGGCCUCAUUACUAGAUAAAUUAAACUUGGUCCUUUCAUUAAAAACUCAUCUUUCAGAGACCCGUAUGUUUCAACAUAUACAUCCCAACCCACACUCUAGUGUUGCAGUAGGGACACACUGUGUAGAGUAUGUAGCAGGCCUCUGUUUAAAUUCUGCUGCAUUUAGCCUGGUCUGUUGGACCAGACAUUUAACUGCCUGAUUGGUAAUACAUUUUGACUAGAAGAGAAAGCAGAACUAAAGUUAAAUGCAGUGGUGCACCUUUACUAAAGAACCAUCUUUUUGUAAAGAUAGAGAGUGCUUAUUUAACCAUUACUUGAUUCUGGCGGGUUGCACUGAGUUGACCGGUUUAGUGCAAGUCAAGCAACUCCCACUUGGAGUGAUGGUUUAUUAUUUUUGCCCUUCUCUAUUUUUGUCAAUUUCCUCUGGGUGAUUUUGUGAUAGCAUUUUGCCUGCUGGCAUUAAAACUUCACAUGAGGCUUCCUGUUUGUUUUCAGGGUGUGAAGAGAGACUUCAGAGUAAAAACCACACAGGCCUUCCUGGUUAAUUUGGAGAGCUUGCUUAACCUAAGAUGGAUAUUACCGGUCUGAUUAUGCUUGCUUGAAGUUGCAUAGUCCCGAGGGACUGCCAGGUGUGAACGUUGACUUCGAUAACAACAGGAUAAAAAGACAGUCGGAUGAAAGACUUUCAGCCAUUGAAAUGAAGUAUGUGACUUUUGUCUGGUUUCCAUAAUUUCCCUUUCUUGUGUUUUCUUGCUUAGCCCAGAUUGUCUGUUUUUCUUGAGGUCUACACAAACUCAGAAGUCAAGUUGAUGUUUGGUCGAGUCAAAGUUUGCCUCUAAAACAUUAGAACAGAAUCUUAGUAAUUUUGUAGCCGUUCACGUUUCUUUCUCUCUACAUCAGUUUUGUGUUGAAUUUGCGAUCAGAGCAUCCAGUGUGGAAAGAAAGUUGAAUGCAUCCAUGUGUUUCUCUAAUACUCAGUUGAACCCAGGUUUUUGAUAUUUUUCCAACUGAAGAAGAGGAGUUCUGGGUUUUUUUUUGUUCAUUUUGUACAUAUUUGGAUUUAUAAAAGCCUGGAGAAUGGCUGUAGGCUUUGUUUGGCCAAUGUUAAAACAAUCUCAGCAUUAUUGAUGCUUACAUUUCCAAUUGGUUUUUCUAUUAUUUGUUCCAGUGUCAACAGUUGCUGUGGUGCCUCUUCUCACAUUGGAAACCAUUGGUGAUUUACAGGAAAAGUUUGAAUAGUUUUCAUACCAGGAAAUGUACAAUUUGGUACUUGUGUAAAUACUUAAAACCUUAUUUUAAGAUGGAAAAAAGUAGUGCAAAACAACAUUUGGUUGAACAGUGAGAGUACUGACUGUUAAUAUAAAGAUGGAAUGAUUGUAUUUCUUCCUAAACAGUUGGAGAUGGUUGAAGAUAAAGCAGUGCAGUUUAUUUGUACCAGUCUGUUAAUAACAGAGGCAACCCGUUUGAGAGGCAAGCAUGACUGUAAUCUGAUUACAGUGGUUGAGGAGCAUGUAGUGAGUGGUAUUGAAUAAAUGUGGCAUGUGAGUGUGUGAACUAAACGCUCAGUGAAAUCAGACUUUUCAUACAAUUCAAAAAGCAGAUUCAAAAAAAUAUGGGAGAAAAUGGUAUUUGAGGUGAGAGCAGGUGCAAGAGUGCAGUGCAGUGGCGUGUUGCAGAUGUGUGUCGGGUUUAUUGACUGAGUGGAUCUGAGGUGACAGUGUCUGUGCUGCAGGUGAAUAUGAGGGUUGUGUUGGAUUAAGUAAAGGCCGCUGAUUUUCCCGAGCAGCAGUGAGACGAGCCGAUGACCUUUCCUUUUCCCUCCUCUGAUCUCACCAGAAACACACACCUCACUCUGACAUUAGGAUUACUGGCUUUCGCUGCAUUCAUAUCACACCUAGACAACUCCACACUUAUCUCUAGAUGUAUUUUUACCGGGUUAAUUGCAUUUUACUCAUGUAAAGCAGGCUACAUGUGCAAACUAUACAAAUGCACACCUGAUUCCACCUGUAUUUUAUAUGGCUUACUGUAGUUGUUCCGUUCGUGAUCGUACCACACACCAGCUACUCAUCUUAUUUCUUAUUCGCCACCUGAGUUGGUAGUGCUGUGUUAAGUUUAAGUGACACAUAGCCUCUCUACAUUUCCACAUUAUUCCACC